CGGUUGGAGACGUGGCUUAGCGGCGGUUCUGCCAUAUUGAGCCGCAGACGGGCUGCAACUGCUGCACAGCUGAAAACCUGCUUCAUUCCGGUACGACGCUCAUUAUUUAAAACUGGACAGGACGGACUUGGCGAAAGCGUAACGGCGUAGACGAUUAAAGACGCUAAACAUGGUGCUGUUGGCUGCAGCAGUGUGCACCAAGGCUGGAAAAGCUCUGGUCUCAAGGCAGUUUGUUGAGAUGACACGGACACGCGUGGAGGGCCUGCUGGCUGCCUUUCCCAAGCUGAUGAACACGGGCAAGCAGCACACAUUUGUGGAGACGGAGAGCGUACGCUAUGUCUACCAGCCUCUGGAGAAGCUCUAUAUGGUGCUGGUCACCACCAAGAACAGCAACAUCCUAGAGGACCUGGAGACCCUCCGGCUUUUCUCACGAGUGAUUCCAGAGUACUGUCGCGUGCUGGAGGAAAGCGAGAUCUCGGAGCACUGCUUCGACCUCAUCUUUGCCUUUGACGAGAUUGUCGCCCUUGGUUACAGAGAGAACGUCAACCUGGCACAGAUCAGGACCUUCACUGAAAUGGACUCGCACGAGGAGAAGGUGUUCCGUGCUGUUCGAGAGACCCAGGAGCGGGAGGCUAAGGCUGAAAUGAGGCGAAAAGCAAAGGAGUUGCAGCAGGCACGGCGGGACGCUGAGCGUGGGAAAAAGUCUCCAGGUUUUGGUGGCUUUGGCAGCAGCAGCAGCAGCAGUAGUACAACACUUAUCACAGACACACUGGUUGAACCAGAGAAACCCAAACCCACUCCAGCACCCACCAGGCCUAGCGGUCCCAGCAAAGCCCUCAAACUAGGGGCCAGGGGCAAAGAGGUGGAUGACUUUGUGGAUAAGCUGAAGUCAGAGGGUGAGAACAUUAUCCUGGCUGGUACUGGAAAAAAACCCUCUGAGGCCUCUAAAUCUCUGCCUGCACCUGCUAACACAGAAAGUGUGCAUCUUCGGAUAGAGGAAAAGAUUUCGCUGACGUGUGGUCGUGACGGAGGGCUACAAAACAUGGAGAUACUGGGCAUGAUCACUCUCCGGGUCUCUGACGAGAAGAGCGGGCGUAUCAGAUUGCUUAUCAAUAACAAUGAUAAGAGAGGGAUACAGUUACAGACACACCCGAAUGUGGAUAAGAAACUGUUUACCGCAGAGUCAGUAAUUGGUCUGAAGAACCCAGAGAAGUCGUUCCCUCUAAACAACGACGUGGGAGUGCUGAAGUGGAGACUUCAGACCACAGAUGAGACCCUUAUCCCACUAACAAUAAACUGCUGGCCAUCAGAAAGUGGAUCUAACUGUGAUGUUAACAUUGAGUAUGAACUGCAGGAAGAAUCGCUGGAGCUUAAUGAUGUUGUCAUUUCAAUCCCGAUUCCAUCGGGCGUGGGAGCACCGGUGAUUGGUGACUUGGACGGAGAGUAUCGGCAUGACAGCAGAAGGAAUGUUCUGGAGUGGUGUCUGCCUGUGGUGGACAUAAAGAACAAGACCGGCAGCUUGGAGUUCAGCAUAGCCGGCCAGCCAAAUGACUUCUUUCCUGUUAAUGUAUCUUUCAUCUCUAAAGGGAACUACUGUGACAUUCAGGCCGCUAAAGUGUAUCAGGUGGACGGGAACAGUCCGGUGCGGUUCUCCACAGAAACGUCUUUCGUGGUCGACAAGUAUGAAAUUCUCUAGAGAACUCAACAAAAACUCUGAGACCAGCUUCGAAGAAUUUCACACCCGUGGACUGACAGUAAUAUAAACACAGUACAAGUUAGGGAGAGAAAGAUAUAGCAUGAAAACAAAUCAUCUUUUUGCCUUUACAGGACUUGAACCUUGCCCUUUCCAAAACGCAGAGAAACUUUUCCCAGUGGCUGGCAGUGUUUGCUUUAUUUGUAUCUUUGUACAAAAGUAAAUAGUUCUAUGAAGCGAUUUGGUUUGAGAUCACGACCAAGAAUGACGCAGCCAAACCAAUCAGUUUAAAACCACAUGGAGCUAAAAGCUGAAUAAUUUAUACAAAUCCACCAAGUUGUUUCUCGAUUGUACAGAUUAUCGAGUUUUAUUGAAGGUUUAUCUCAUUUAGCAUUAAGAGAAAUUAGCCAGUGUCAUGUUUUCUACUUGCUUCCAUUUUUUGUCCUGAGGAUUCUGCUCUGUCUGAAAUCUCUUCACUGUUGUCUUUUUCCUGUCGUCAGCGCAUUGAGCCACCAUUGUCCUAUCUACUCCUUUCCUGCAUUGGCAGGACCGUGUACUCUAAGAUGGACCUCAUUUAUGUGUCUAUGUAUGUGAUAUUUUCUUAUGCCCCUUCCCCCAUGUAUAUUUCUUUGUGCUGGAUUUUUUGAUCUUUCUCAUCUGCUAUGAAGUGUCCUGCUGCACAAGUCUAAACUUGUAUCUGGUUCAUCUGCAUUAUCGCCUUUUGCUUAUUUUAUUUUUUAUUUUGUCCUGCAAUCUGUAAGCCAGUGGCAUGUUGGAUGGCACUGAAAUCUGUUUUCAGGGUCAGUUCUGUAAUACUUUAGUAAACCUGCUUUUAUGGUCAUUAUGAGUGAGGCAGUAAUGCCAUGAUUUAUUUGCAUCAUUUUCUGCACUAGUGUUAGACAUUAGUUGUGGAGUUUGGAAGCCAUCAGAGGCCAUGUUUGUUUAUACUAUAGAAAAAAGAGGGCCUGUAGUCUUGGUGACAGUUUCAGUCCACUGUUAUGUACUGUUAGAAUUGUUUGCAUUAAAUGUCCUUAAAGGACCGACAAACUACCUUAAAUUGUCCUUGUUGAGUCAGUUUUCACCUCAACAGCGUGUUAGACUUUAAUUUUUUUUUUUUUUCUACCGUUAGAAGUUUGUGAGAACUACUUUGGCCAUGUGUUAAAAUGACCUCUGACCAGUUAUGGAGUUCUGUCACCUGAUCACAUUAUUUGUUGAAGAAGCCAAAUUUGAACUCCACGUACGUCUUUACAAAUGUAUUUCAGUCCUGGCUAAACUUUUUCCCCAUUAUGCACUAGGGUUUUGCAUCAGUCAUGACACUUGAAGCUCUCUGUAUUCAUGCCUUGACUCUCUCGAUUACUCCAAUGGGAGAAAAAUGAAAGCUGUUCAAGUUUGUUUUGUUGUUUUGUCUGUUUUGUUAAUCAUGUUGCAGGUGGGAAGUGGAAAAAAAUCUAUUUGAAUUUUUUUUGUAACUGUAAAAUAAUGAAUAGGGUAAUGAGUAACAUUCCAGUGUAAACUUAUUAAAGAAAUUAUUAAAGUGUAUAAAAAGGA